AUGGUGCCAUCGUCAGACGAGGAAACUGAAUCUGAUGAUGCAGGCCUCCGUCCUCGCAAGAUACAUAAGAUUGUUUCUAUGGCCAAGCUUCCUGGUGGCAUCGAUGAUGUUCUUGGUGACAAGUUUUCUGUGCCUGGGCAGAAAGAGAGAGUGGUGGUGUCUGGUCCUUCAGUGAUUCAACCUUCUCCGUUUACUAGUUCAUUCCCUAUUGAUAUUGGUUCUGGCUCUAUUUUGGGGGGGGUGUAUCGGGCUCACCUAGAGGUUCUUCCCUACCGGAGAAGCCUACUACGAUGUGUGAAGUAA